UGUCCCUCCCAUCACCUCCUCCUUCUCCAGGGCACAUUUGCACACCGAUGUGCCCAGUCAAGAGGGGAAAAAUUGUCUCUCAUCACUCUCUGUGUCAUGAAGCUUGACCAAUGGAUUGCAUGAUUAGGUGGGGAUUCGGUGGCCGCCCCCUUGGCUGCUGCCCCGGGCGGUCUGGGAUGUGUAUAAAAGAGCUGAGGGCUCUGCAGCCUCUAUCCAUCUUCCUCUGCUGGACUCUCCUCAUCACCUGGGAGUGCUUCCCUGCCUGAAAGAUGUCCUGCUCCAGCCUGUGCAACACGUCCUGUGGGGUGGCCGCCCCGGCCCCGCUGGCCGACACUUGCAAUGAGCCCUGCGUGCGGCAGUGCCCCGACUCCACGGUGGUGAUCCAGCCCCCGGCCUCGGUGGUCACCUUCCCCGGGCCCAUCCUCAGCUCCUUCCCGCAGCACAGCGCUGUUGGCUCAGCGGGAGUGCCCGCCGUUGGAUCGGGUUUCGGCGGCAGUUUUGGAGGCCGCGGUGGCUAUGGAGGCUGGGGAGGCCACAGAGGCUAUGGGGGCUAUGGAGGCUAUGGGGGCUAUGGUGGCUGGGGGGGCUACGGGGGCUGUGGGGGCUGUGGAAUUGGUGGCUGGGGUGGAAACCACAGGUACCUCAAUGGCAACUGCUCGCCCUGCUAA